CUAUUCCAUCUGGUUGAUCGACACAAAUUUAUUUCUCAUUACUAUAUUUAUGUGGAAAUGAAAAUUUGGACAGAACAACAUCCUUUUGUCCGAUUAUACAAAAUCCAUUGAUCACGUAAACAUUGUAGAACACUAAUAAACUGUGAAUUCACACCGGCUAUUGACUAAUAUCACCCAACCUGACCUAACCUAGCUUUUAUUUGUCAGCUGAGUUGAAAGCUGUCAAACGGCAAUUCCCGAUCCAUAAAUUAAGGCUCUGAUCAAUUGAAUUUCGUUGCACGUCGUUGUACAAUGAUCACCGCUAAGGUCACAUUUGGUUGUUGCUUGAUGGUAGCGUUGGUAUAAAUGCGGUCUGCAGUCAGUGUAAUUCUGUCGAGUUCGGUGCCUGACAACAAGAUGUCUCAGCCCGACUACGAGCAGACAGCUCACGACCACGCAGCACUGUUGUUGCUAUUGAAGCCAAUUGGCACACAAACGAAGCAGAAGACAGUAACAAAAAUAGGAGAGAGAAUUAUAAAGAGUGGAAGUAGAUUUACAGUGCUUGAUUCUACCGGUAUAACGCGUGAAAUUCUUGCCAGAUUUGUAAGGGAACAUCCAGUUGAAAAUAACGAUUGGAGUGAAUUUCAAACGCACAGAAGACUCCUAGGCCUGAUUACGAUAGGAAAAUAUGACAGCCAGACAGAGCUCGAUGAGCUCUGUAGACUGCAUGAAACUUUGAAAGUGAAAUAUAGCGCGACCCUCUACGAUUCCAGAGCAAUUCUUUUUGGACCAGUUGAAUCUGAGAAUUUAAAUGAACCACCGAAACCAUUUACGACUCCUUCAAAUUUUAAGACAAGGGCGCUGUUCUACGCAGAUGAAACUUGUCCAGACCUUGAAGCUCAAAUUGCUGAAUGUCUAAACUCUCUGUUUUGGAUCCUAGAAUCUAAAAGACUUGAACGAUCCAGGGAAAAAGUUGACCGUGUUCCUUUGCUACUUGCACCGUUUGAAAAGAAGGAUUUCAUUGGUUUGGACCUUGACUCGGGUACCAUGAGAAAGAGGUGCGUCGGACGAAUGACCAAACACUUGGGAGAUCUUUGCCUCCAGGCCGGCUUACCUGCCGAUGCUUUAUACCAUUACAAUUCUGCUGCUAAUACUUUGCAAGCUGUUAAGGAUUGGCUCUGGCUCGGCGCUGCAUUUGAGGGGUUGUGUGCUGCUUCUGUUCUAGUCUUAUAUCCAAAUAUGUGCCGGAGUCUUCCCUUACAGAGAAAUUCGUCCUUGCAGGAAGGUAGUCCAGGGAAACAAAGAAGGGAGUCUCAGGCCUUGAAUACAUUGCCACCUUCUCCUAAUAUAGAGGCGAUCAAGGCUGAGAUGCCGCAAAUUUUACCGCCUGAAGAAAUUGCAAAAAAAUAUCGAGAAGCCAUAGUUCACUACAGCAAACACAAAAACGCAGGGGUAAUUGAGACGGAAGCAAGUUUCAAGGCGACAAGAAUUUCUAUAGAACAAAACUGCACUUUGCAGGCAGCUUCUUUUCUCAAUAAUGUUGUAUUCAUCAAUUUGAACAUUAGCGAGCAUGAAAAAAUUGAACGUUUCACUACACUGUCAGAACUGUUCACUGCCUUUGGCUUCACGCGCAAAGCCUCUUUCUGUUUACGUCUAGCUGCUACGAGGCAUGUUUCUCAAAAUAAUCCAAAUCCUGAUUGGCAGCAGUGUUAUAAUCUAAUGUUGCAAGCGGCACCUGGGCUGAAGCUUAGUCUUGAUCCAGUGGAAAUGCCUUCUGAUGGCUUGCGGGGUUGGCCUACUUUACAAAUUCAGCUCAUACAAGAGCUGGUCGUUGCCGCUAAGCGAAUGGGUAAUCCAGCUCUCGCCACUCGGCACAUGACAUUCUUGCUCCAGACUAUGUAUGAUCAUAUGAGCCCUACAGAACGCAAGGAAUCAGCUUUACAACUUCAAGCUGUGUCGCAGCAAUGUGAAGGUGCACCAGUGCCCCUUGUGUUAGAUUCAGGGAUGGUCAUACCACCAGCUAACUUAACAAACAUUCCAAAAACUAAAUCAUUCACUUUGAAGAAUCUUCAACCACAUCUUCAGCCACAAAAAAUAGAGAGAAUCAAAGAAGAUCACGGCCCCUUUUUAUUUACUCCUAUUAAUUUCGGGUCUUUGGAAAGGAAAAAUACUUUGAAAAGUAAAAUGGACUAUCUUUGGGUGGAAGGAGAUAUUUGCGAAGUAUCUAUGCAGCUCAUAAACCCAUUGCCGUUUGAGCUUCAUGUUUCUAAUAUGCGACUACUUACGAAUGGAAUAGUGUUCGAAUCGAUACCAGAAACAAUCACCUUGGCUGCUGAGUCUGGCCCAAUGGCUGUGACACUGGCAGGAACGCCUAAGGAAGUUGGUGACCUGGAGAUACUCGGCUUUAGCACACAUACUUUAGGCGUGAAAUCCAAUUGCAGAUUAAGACACAUGGAGAGAAUGCCUCAUCCACAAUAUUCUGUUGAAGUUGUGCCUGCCCUGCCGAAAAUCGACGUCUCUACAAGCUUGCCGCAGACGGCUAGUUUUAGCUCUGGUGAAAACAUAGUUACUAGUGCAAGCAUCUCGCUCUAUGGUGGUGAAAGCGCAGAAUUUACAGUCACUUUGACAAACGUAGGUGUGAUUCCUAUCGAGAUGAUAGAAGUAUCUGUGCAAUCUGCUCUCGACACGUUAACAGAGGGUAAAAUCUUCAAAUGGAGUGAAGAAAAUUUAAAAACACAGCUGCCGCUUCUCCCUGGAACGAGUGCCAGUUUCACUAUUUAUUUGUAUGCCGUUGCUGACUUUAUAUCACCUGUAUCUCGAAAUGAUAUGAGCAGUGGCGCUUAUUUGAGUCAGCCGAGUAGCUUGAUGUCGCAAUCUGGUCCAAGUUCUUUACCUUCCAGAUUGAGCUCACCUUCUCAUCACACGAAAAGGCAGUCGGAACUAACUUCUUCUUUUCGAUCUGGCCUCAGCUCUCAUUCUGGACAUUCGUCACUGGCCAGCACACGUUUAUCCAAACUAGCCGUACCACUCCAUGCUUCCAAUAUAAUCGAAGGUCAGUUGAAAAUCAAAUAUUCAGGGGGAGGCGGACUGACUGCUGGAUACUGUCGGAUAUCUUCAGUCUAUGUUACCAUUGAAAUGCUACCCAGUGUGCAGAUUACUAGUUGGGAUGUACUUCCUGCUGAAACGCCUACACAAUUCUAUCUUGUGUUAGAUGUAACAAACAUGACAAACCAUGAAAUGGAAUUACAUUAUACCCAGAGUAAAUGUAUCUAUAUGGAAGGACGAGAACCUUGUCGUAUUCCAGUUCCUGUAAAUCGAUGCCCAUUGAAUAAGCUGUCUUCGCAAAAGGAAAUCAGUGAUGCCGAGCUCGAAAAAGUCUGUUCAGAACAUAUAGCUUCUCUGGUUGACUUGAAGUGGCAAUUACUGGGUACAGAAACAACAGGCAAAGCAACGCUUGCAGGCAUUACACUGACUCAAGAUAUGUUAGAUCUUGUUAGAAUGAGUCCGUUACAAUGGGAAAUAACCAUUAAUGAUUCAGCAGUCAAAGCUCAAGAGGAGUUAACGUGUGGUUUAGGCGAAUGCAUCAGUGUAGGAAUUGGCGUGUGCAAUGCUCUCGAAAGACCGCUCAGAGAUUUAAUACUCUCAAUUAAUUUCUAUCAAGACCAUCACAAUGGCGUAAACAAUUAUAGAUUGGAUACCAGAUUGUCGACAGCUGGGGCUAAUAAAGUAAUGUUACCAAUGCUCGAGGAACAUGGCCGAGCUCAUCACGAAUGUCGAGUAGUAUUUUUCACAGCAGGCCAGUACAAAGUAGACAUUCAAUGCAGUAGCAGCGAGUCAACUCCUAGUACACCGACAUUGUGUUCCGAACUUAUGAAUGCUGGUCAUACGUGGCGGUACAUACCGCCUAUUGAAAUAACUGUCGACGGUUGCUGAUCUCGAAAGAAAAAUCAUUCACUACGAGUGGGAGACAUCUUGCGAUAAUAACUAUUUGUAUUACAGAACUCAUACACUGAAACUCAAAUUGAUGUAACAGUAUAUAGUUUGACACAGAAAAAAAGUAUACAACGGACUGAAUGAGAAUUAUAAGUUUGUGUCCAUGACAAAAGAGUGUAAAAAGGCAGAGAUUGUACUCAAAUGCUUUACUGACGUAAAAAGAAUAUGGUAUAAAAUAUUGUUAUUAAUAUACAGUCUAUGAAUAUUGUGAUACUUUGAAGAAUGUAAUAAAAUAGCUGAACAUCAUCC